AUGUCAAUUAUCACUGAUAAAAUUGAACACCAAACGGACUAUAACUUAUCAUUCUUAGAAUUAAAACAUACACUAAAUCUGAAGAUCAGGGGCGCCGUCGAAGUGAACGAAUCGGCCGAUAAUUUUGACCAAAACUAUGUAAAGCCCAAAGAGUUUGUUAAUUACAACCGGGUUUGGGAUGCGAAAGAUUACGCACACUAUUAUCCCCGCGAAGUAUACGUUAUGACAAAUAUGGCCAUCACUGCCAACCAGACACUGACCGUCUGUCCCGAUCACCCCCGGGUUAAUAAGGCUUUGUGUAAACCGGGCGAUAAAACUCACUGUCGAUACGGCCGGCAAACUCCGUUUGGUGUUCAAACGGGCAAAUGUGUGCCUGCUGAUUUUCCUACACAGAAAAAUACAUCAGGCUCAAUUGUUUGGGAUUAUGAACACACGUGCGAAAUUAGGGGGUGGUGUCCAGUGGACCGGAUACUGCCCCCAUUAAAAAAUGAUCGCCCAGUGCUCGGCUCGACCAACACCUCUACGCUAUGGAUAAAAAACUCGGUGGUAUUUCCCGAUAGGGGU